AUUUAUCGAAAACAAUAAUAAAAUUUCAACACUUGACAUUUUGGCUGUCCAGAACAGCUGAAAGGAAGCUGCAAAUAGGUAAACACAGUCAGCUAACUUAGCGCCAGUGACAGACAUGACGCCGCCACCGCCACCGCCACCAACAACUGCAACACAGCCCCAACAACAGCCGCCGCCGCCAAUGGGCCAAAGCAUUGCACCAAGCGGCGCUUUUCCAGGCUCACUUACGCCCGGUUGGAACGAUCCGCCGCCAGUUAGCGCCGACGCUGGCACGGCCAGCGCUGGCAACCGUCGUCCCCGGCUUGAUCUGCGCAAACGCGUGGCAUAUCCCAUGAAUGGCAGCGGGAGCAAUCCACAAGCAACGCAGCCGCCGCCGCCGCCGCUCUGAUGUGAUCUGGAACAGCA